AAACUUUUCUGUUAUUUUACUGAAUAAGUGUCAAUAAUUAAAUUGUCUGGUUUAAAUAUGCCUCCUGCAACAAAGAAAGAUUGUGGAAUUAUCUUAUUCGAUGUGGCAUCUUCAAAAAAGCAUGAACUUCUUAGUGAGCUAAUAAAGUUUGCAACUUUUAAAUAUUUUUUAAACACUAAAAGCUUGUACAGAUUGAUACUAGUAAAUUCAGCUGAAACGUCCAACCCUAAAAAAUAUCCUGGUAUAUUCAUCUCAAAAAUUGAAGAUUUAGAUCCAAAGGCAAUAGUAGAAUUAAUAGAGAAUGCUGAAACUGCCCAAUCAGAUUGGUUAAAUGCUGUGUCUUUGGGAAUUCACUUUUUAAAAGAAGGAUUACAAAUGCCGGGAUUAAUCACCUUACAGUUAAUAUAUUUCACAACUUUAGAUUCAUCAAAUGGAUCCAGCUUAAACGAAGAAAAGAUUGCACAAAUUAUAUCGCAAUUAAAUGAAGAUGAAAUGUAUUUUUAUUUAAUUGGACCAAACGUCCAAUUUCCUUUCAUAAUAAAUAACAAUUCUGUAUCAAAAUGUAUGAAACAGCUACAAAUAGAUGAAAUGAACGAAAAUUUAGUUGUUGCUAAGAAAAUAGUAUCUGAAGUUAACACUGCUGUAAUGUGCAAUAGCACACUUGGUAUACAUUUUAUAGUCACUUUUAAAAAGCACCAAGGGACUCAACCUUGUCGAGUGCCAAUUGCUAUAGGUACUAAAUUAUCUAUACCAGUUAGCACAUCAAAAAUUUACAGAAAAGAUAUUUCUUUGAGUUUACAAUUGGAUACAAAAAAAAUUUUUGAUAAGACACUAGCGGAUAAUAGAGAUGUAAAAAUAGAGGAAAGUGAUUUGAUAAAGGGAAUAGUUCUUCACAACAAAUGUAUUCAAAUAGAAGAUGACAUGUUUAAAAUGGAUACAAAAAGGUGUUUCGAUAUCAUAGGAUUUACUAGCAAAAAAUUCAUUCCAGAACCAUAUAUUGGCUGUAACGAAACAUAUUACAUACUUCCAGAAUUGAGUGAUAGUGAUUACCAUUUAUUUACUCACUUAGUGAAUGUGUUACAAGAAACUAAUAAAUAUGGUAUAAUAAAAAGAGUUUAUGCAUGUAAUAAUAACCCUAAAUAUUAUGUACUUAUCCCUAAUGUGGAUCACAAUCCUAAAUGUUUAACGAUGACAGGACUACCAUUUGGAGAGAAUUUAGUACCCCAUAAAUAUAAUAGUCCUGUGAAUAAAAAAUUAGAAGAUGAUGAUUUCUGUGCUUUUUUUAAUAGUCUUAUUAUCGAUGAUACAAAUUUUGACCAUAGAAUUCCCUUAAGUCCCACUAUGAUGAUAGGGUUUUACCAACAAAAAUUUAUUAAUGCUACUGCUAAGAAGUAUCUUGAACGUGAUUUGCAUUUUGAAAAUCUGGACAGCGACUCUUACUGUUUGGAACCAGAAAAAUUAGAAGAUUUUAAACAGCUUUGGCCUGAAAGGUUUGAGGAUUAACUUUCUAAAUAGGUAUAUGAAAAGAAAUAUUUAUUAUUCAUUAAAUUAUUUAGUCUAAAUAAAUAGUUUAAAUACUGUAAAGAAUUGUUAUUGUAUAAUAAAUAGUAAUGAAAUUUAAUGUUUAUAUAUAUUUAUAAUAAAAGUAUAAGA